UAUUCAAGACCAAGACUUGUAUAUUAAACUCACAUAUUAGAAAAAUACUUUUUUUCCCCAAUAGUAAUGGCAUCAGUCUCCGUGGGAUACGUCCAAAUAUGCUGAUCUUUGAUGUCUACUCAAAGCCCUUUGACGUUAAAUUUUUUUCUUCAGAUAUACUUCUCAAUCUGAUCACCAGCCUGUGUGCCCAUUGUGGCUUUGGGGAAAGUUUUUGAUGGCGAGGAUCCAGCUGGUCCGUGUCAAAGUGAGCUGGACGGUACUUUUGGCUCUGGCCCACCUCACCUACCUGUUAUUUGGAGCCAUCAUUUUCCAGAUUCUGGAGCGAGAGGCCGAGAGCAACAAUCGAAACCACUUCCAACUGGAGAAGCUGAAUUUCUUGGCUAAUUACACCUGCCUGGAUGGACCUGCUUUGGAGAAGUUUGUUCAGGUGAUUUUAGAUGCCUGGGAGAGGGGUGUGAAUCCCUCAGGCAACUCGACGAACCCCAGUAAUUGGGAUUUUAGCAGUGCCUUCUUUUUUGCUGGCACUGUGGUCACAACAAUAGGCUAUGGUAACCUCUCUCCCAGCACUGUGUCCGGUCAGGUAUUCUGUGUCUUUUAUGCGCUGUGUGGCAUCCCGCUCAACCUGGCCUUCCUCAAACAGCUGGGAAAAUGUCUCACCAUUCACCUGGGACGUCUAGAACGAGGCAUGGUCUCCGUGGUUCCACACAAGCAAACUGUGGAGGCGUUGGCAGUGAGCUCCUUCUUCAUCACCGGUAGUCUGCUGUUUCUGGUCAUCCCUCCGCUUCUGUUCAGUUACGUGGAAGGCUGGACAUUUGGCGAGGGCUUCUACUUUGCUUUCAUUACCCUCAGCACCAUUGGGUUUGGAGAUUAUGUGGUGGGGACUGACCCAGGCAAGGAAUACAUCUCUCUGUACCGUAGCUUGGCAGGCAUUUGGAUCAUCUUUGCCUUGGCCUGGCUUGCUCUGAUCCUCAGCAUGGGAUCAAGAAUAAUGGCUCAUGUGAUCGGCUUGACUCAUCCAGGCUUUAAGAAACAAGAGGGGGAGGACGAUGUGUCAUCCAAUAAACUGGAAGACACCUCCAAGAUCUGACACUCGAGCUUGGUUGGAAUAUUCACGCGGUGAAUUUGAAGUAUAUAUUUUACGCUGUUUUAUUUUAUCCCCAGAGGGAAAUUCUAUUUACACUUCAGACUUUUUUAUGUGGCAUGCAUGACUGUACAACACACAAACUCAUUCUGCCCUCACUCAUUAAUAUUGUACAUUUGCCUCUUUGCGAUCCAACUUUGCUUAGGCAAGCAAAACACUCCUGUUUGACGAGUCUACCUCAAAAAGCCAUACAGAGUCACCACGCAUUGUACAAACAUUGAAGUCUGAGAA